UACAUCAACAUCAUUAUCUAAUAAUCUUAUAGUGCCUACAAAGGAAUCUAAUAAUUUUAUAGUACCUACAAAGAAAUCUAUUAAUCCUAUACUACCUACAAAAGAAUCUAAUAAUUUUAUAGCACUUACAAAGGAACCUAAAAAAGUUAUAAAAUCCAUUCUGCAUGCAAGGGAAAAGGGUGAAAGUUCUACCCAAAAAAGGGGUUUCAAGAAAGUGAG